AUGUCGUCCACUACCAAGAUGAUCCGUAGGAAGAAGAAUGUCAAGAAGGGUAUCCAGUUUUGCUUGAUGGUCUGCGGUGCAUCUGGCACAGGCCGAACCACCUUUGUCAACACCCUCUGUGGCAAGGGUGUUUUGACUCACAAGGACUCUGACGACGCCGGCAGCGCCCACGUUGAGGAUGGUGUCAAGAUCAAGCCCAUCACCGUUGAGCUAGAGCUGGACGAGGAGGGCACCCGCAUCUCCUUGACCAUUGUUGAUACCCCCGGAUUCGGAGACCAGAUCGACAACGAGGCCAGCUUCUCCGAGAUCGUCGGUUACCUCGAGAGACAAUACGACGACAUUCUCGCCGAGGAGUCUCGUAUCAAGCGUAACCCCCGCUUCAGAGACAACCGAGUCCAUGCCAUGCUCUACUUCAUCACCCCCACUGGCCAUGGUCUCCGAGAACUCGACAUUGAGCUCAUGAAGCGCCUCGCUCCCCGUGUCAACGUCAUUCCAGUCAUCGGCCGCGCCGACUCCCUCACCCCCGCUGAGCUGGCCGAAUCCAAGAAGUUGGUCAUGGAGGACAUCGAGCACUACCGAAUCCCCGUCUACAACUUCCCGUACGACAUUGAGGAGGACGAUGAGGACACCGUUGAGGAGAAUGCUGAGCUCCGAGGUCUCAUGCCCUUCGCCAUUGUCGGCUCCGAAGACGUCGUCGAGAUUGGCGGUCGCAAGGUCCGCGCCCGCCAGUACCCCUGGGGCGUUGUCGAGGUCGACAACCCUCGUCACUCCGACUUCUUGGCCAUCCGAUCCGCGCUGCUCCACAGCCAUUUGGCUGAUCUGAAGGAAAUCACCCACGACUUCCUGUACGAGAACUACCGUACCGAGAAGCUUUCUAAGAGCGUUGAGGGUGCUUCCGGCAUCGACAGUUCAAUGAACCCUGAGGAUCUUGCCUCUCAAUCCGUCCGCCUCAAGGAGGAGCAGCUCCGACGAGAGGAGGAGAAGCUCCGCGAGAUCGAACUCAAGGUCCAGCGCGAGAUCAACGAGAAGCGACAGGAGCUCUUGGCUCGCGAGUCCCAGCUUCGCGAGAUCGAAGCUCGCAUGCAACGAGAGCAGGCUGCCCAGGCCAACCCCCCGGCGGCCGAGGCCAACGGCGAGGAGACCAACUAG